AAACUUUAGUUUAGAAACACAUAUGCCUGGUGAAACCGCCCCCCUUACUAUCUCUUCCCUUGAAAGCAUUGUGUUCACUAAUCAGUUAAUAGUACAAGCAAUUAAAAGCCUUAAACCUUCCACUAGUACGGGACCGGAUGGCCUCGCUUCGAUAAUUUUCAAAAACAGUGGGUGUGAUAUACCCCUGUUACUUCUUAAAUUCUUCUCAAUAUCUAUGGACACUGGCACUUACCCUAGUGAGUGGAAAACUAGCUUCAUAAUUCCACAUUACAAAUCUGGUGAUAGGGCAAACGUCCGCAAUUACAGACCCAUAAAUAUAACCCCAGUUAUCUCACGAAUCAUGGAGAAAGUUGUAAAAGAUCAAUUGUCAGACUACCUAAUUAGGGAAGAUCUUGUUACAAGGUCUCAACACGGAUUUCUCAAAAAUAGAUCCUGCGUUACUUGCCACUUCGACUUUUUCAACUGCAUCACUAGUAGUCGCGAAGCACGUAAGCUAGUCGUUGUUCUCUACUUCGAUAUAUCUAGGGCAUUUGACAUGGUAUCUCACAGUAUUCUCUUUGAGAAGCUGUACUCUUGUGGAAUUCGCAACCCAUUACUGAACUGGUUAAAAUCAUUUCUAAGCAACAGGGUACAAAUAACCAAAGUUGGAUCUGUAUUGUCUCAUCCUAGGCAGAUCUCAAGUGGGGUCGUGCAAGGUAGUGUCCUAGGUCCACUUUUAUUCACAGUCUACAUUAACAGCAUUUGCAAGUGCUUCACCUUAGGCAAACCAUUCCUAUAUGCUGACGACCUCAAAGUCGUCUACUCCUGCUACACUCAUGAAUUAAGCGAUAUGGUUACUAAAAUACAUCUUGAACUAAGUAGCCUUGCAACGUGGUGUGCUGAAUCCUGUCUAAAUUUUAACAUUGACAAAUGCGGCUGGAUUUGUAUCGGCAACAGUAAGCUUGAUCUAACUCUUGAAAUAAAUGGGCGAAAACUAGCUAAGCUCAACUCAGUCGUAGAUCUCGGUAUUAGAUACUCUAGUAACCUAACGUUCGCUGAACAGACUGAUUAUGCCAGACGUAAAACGCGAAGGCUGAUAGGAUGCAUAACACGCAAUUUCUUUUGUUGUGAAACUAGGGUUUUAUUAUACAAAGUAUGUGUCCGACCUAUCUUAGAAUACUGCCCGUUUAUUCUUAGCGGACUCAGACAAAAUGACAAGCUUAAAUUAGAGGGAGUGCAACGGCAGUUUACCUCAAGAACUCUUGGUUUAGAAAGUGGUCUGGAAUACCAUGAGCGAUGCGUAAGACUAAGAUUAGAACCCCUCUGGAAAAGACGCCUUAAGCUAAACCUUAUCUUUUACUAUAAGCUAACUAAUCUUCUCUUGCAUUCCUCCGAGCCAAUAACUAAACCUACCGCUGUCAUCAGUUACAAUCUUAGAAAUCAUCACAACCUAGCUGCUAUGGAGCACUGUCAGACUUACGUGCGGUACAACUUCUUCUUAAAUAAGUUUUCAGUCAUUUGGAAUAGACUACCAGCUAAUGUGCGCGAUGCAAACACACUUCCAGUGUUCAUCUCCUCAGUCACCAGACUACUCAAAGAUGACAAUGCACUUUUGCGCCUGACUCUUACACCUUCUUUUUCACCCUACAUAGAUAUUUUAAGUUCUUUAAACGUGUAGUUACAACAAACUACAAUUAUAAAUUUUAAUAUUAUUGGAACUAGAUGAUUAACAUUUCUACACAGGACAGUAAUAAUAUUAGUUUACACAUAAUAUAAAAGUUAGCAUAACGGGACUAGUUAGUUUGUGUACCAAAAUAACCACAGUUACUAAACAGAAUAUAUAUGUAUAUAUUUAUUAAUCACUCCUUAAGGACUCCCGUUGCUUUCUUUUGCGUUGCUGUUGUUUGUCUUCUUUUUUCUCUCACCAUUUCAGCUUCCAUUUGACUUUUUGAAUGAGAAUGAAUAAUGUGGAUAUUUGACCAUUUACAAUGACAAAUGAUCUGCAAACAUUAUUGGUCCCGUAUCUUUCAGUUGCCUGGUUAAUAACGAAUUAACUUUCUCCACGACGCAACCUGGAUUACAUUUGUGGAAUAUACUCUUAUACCAAUGGAAAAGUAUCUAUUUGUAAUACAACGUCACGAUUGUAGCUUAUAACAUAACUGAUCGUAUCUGUAAAAAUAGCUUCCUUAUUACCCAAUUUGGAUAUAAAUCAAAUCAAAAAUAAGAUUCGGAUUUGUACACACCCAAGUUAUAUUGAGGAAUUACUUCAAGCUUUAUUUUUUCCCAAGUAUUUUUAAUCCAUCCAAAACUUACUUGGGUUUUUUUGUUAAUGCGAAGUUAAUAUUCCUAUAUUUCAUGACGUGCUCCAUUGAAUGACUGGUUAUCAUAUUGUUCCCACAGACCUAAGACAAAAACGCCAGCAACCAUGUAACUUAACCAUAAACCAAAUUUAUGAAAUUUAUAUAAUGCUUAUCCAUGCCUGUAUAUUUGGUGUGUCCUACACAAGUAGGAAAAAAUGUGUAUUUUAUUAAAACAUUAUUAUUAAUUAUGAUUGCUAAUCGUAUAUGUAAUUUAUCAUAUUGAUGAUGCCUGUAAACUGGCGUCUCUCAUGUACAAAAUGAGAAUAUACUAUUAUUAUUAUUAAAAA